UGCUCCUCCGGUUUUUACGAUCUGUUAACACGGAGGCUCAGUCAUUCCCUGUGGCUGAAGCAAAAGAUUCAUCACUAAAUGGCAUCACCACUGCUUGAUUGUUCUUGAAAAACAUCAGCUGCCUCCUGACUGGACUUUUAUCUUCAGCUGCUGAGUUUCUUCUCCCAUUCCCUUCCCUUCAUUUGGAGGCUCACUUUCUCAUGGCGAUUAAUACUGAUAUUGAAGACUGGGGAGGUAUCAGCAGCAAUGACUCUGGAGAAAGGGCGAGGCUCUUGCAGAGUCCCAGUGUGGAUUCUGUCCGGCCCCUUGAGACGGAUGGGAGGAGCCAAGGUGUCUCUUCCAUUGGAGCGGUCUUCAUCGUAGUGAAUGCAGCACUGGGAGCAGGUCUGCUUAAUUUUCCUGCAGCCUUCAACAUGGCAGGAGGAAUAACUGCAGGAGUGAUGCUUCAGUUGUUCAUGCUGAUCUUCAUCAUCAGUGGGCUUGUAAUCCUGGGCUACUGCUCACAGGUCAGCAAUGAAGGCACAUAUCAGGAGGUUGUCCGAGCCACUUGUGGAAAAGUCACAGGAAUCAUAUGUGAAGUAGCCAUUGCCAUCUACACCUUUGGCACCUGCAUUGCUUUCUUUAUUGUCAUUGGAGAUCAGCAAGAUCGGUUGAUCGCUGCAGUGGCUCAUGACACAGACGGUACAGUCAGUGGUUACUGGUACACUGACCGAAAGUUUACCAUCGUAGUUACUGCAGUCUUGGUCAUUCUUCCUCUCUCCAUCCCCAAAGAAAUAGGUUUUCAGAAGUAUGCCAGUGCCCUAAGUGUGAUGGGAACCUGGUAUGUCACCAUUGUGAUCAUAGUAAAGUACAUCUGGCCAGACAAAGACAUGACUCCAGGCGAUAUUCCCACCAGUUCUGCUUCCUGGACAGCAGUUUUCAAUGCAAUGCCCACCAUAUGCUUUGGUUUCCAGUGCCAUGUCAGCUGUGUGCCAGUGUUCAACAGCAUGAGCAGGAAAGAGAUCAAACCAUGGGGGCUUGUAGUGACCCUCAGCAUGAUAAUCUGCCUUUUUGUUUACACGGGAACAGGUGUGUGCGGCUUCCUGACUUUUGGCUCCAACGUGAGUCAAGAUGUGUUGAUGUCGUAUCCUUCUAAUGACAUUGCUGUGGCCAUCGCAAGGGCUUUCAUUGUCAUCUGCGUGGUCACGUCGUACCCCAUCUUACACUUCUGUGGCAGGGCCGUGAUAGAGGGACUUUGGCUGCGUUUCCAAGGUGAACAAGUGGAGGUGUGUGUACGUCGAGAGCAAAGGAGGAGGAUCCUGCAGACACUUGUGUGGUUUGUCGUCACCCUCAUCCUUGCCCUCUUCAUCCCAGACAUCGGCCGUGUGAUCUCGCUGAUUGGAGGAUUGGCAGCCUGUUUCAUUUUUGUGUUUCCAGGUUUGUGUUUGAUGCAAGCCAAACUGUCAGAGACAGACAUUCGAUCUGCAAGCUGGCAUGGAUUGGUUUGCUUCGGUGUUGCCAUGGUUACACUUGGAAGCUUCAUUUUUGGCCUCACCACAACAAACUCCAUCUAUCGAGAUGUUGUCAACUAAAAGGAACGUUGUUUUCUGAUUCAGCGCUGUCCUCCAUAAUGAAAACAGGGUGGAGUACUCACUCCUGAGCUGCUGUUCUGGGCUGCUGGAUGAUGUGAAGCAUCUCAUGAUGCUCAUUCAGAGAAGAGAAAAAAAAACCCCAAAAAACAAGAUUGUUUGUCACAUCAUCUGAUCCAUGCUGAAAUUUACAAUCUACCUAAUUUGGGUUAAUCAGGAAGUGACCACAAGAACCCAAGUGACACUUUCACUUUUAUUUCCUGUGAAGUUUAAAUAGCAUGUUUUUAUGUUGUUGACGGUCAUCAUUCCAGAGGGAAACGGCAGGAUUCUCCCACCUGGACUCUGAGUGAGCGACGCAUUCCUGUCCUGUUUACAAGAGCUGAAGGACUUUGUAUAGAUAGGUCUUUUAAUCAAAUUGAUUUUACUGAUAAAAUUGUACCAAUUUGUGAAUUUUAACUUGCAUGUCAAUGUUUAUCAUUGAAACUUGACACAUUUUGGUUGCCAUUAUCUAAUCCAAGUUCCAGCCUUUUGUAGACGCUGACGAUAGUUUAUCCUCGUGUGGAAAAAAACUGUAUUGAGCAAAAUGUUCAAACACUAGAACACAGCAUGUUUAGCAUAUUUUGAGUGAUGUAAUUCUAGCUCUAUGUAGUUCUGUCUGAUAUGGGAAUUUCUACAAAAUACCUCCUGUUUUCAUCUGUGAAGUCUUUAUUUAUUUUAUGGGUUUGUUGGCUUAUGGGUUAUAUAUAUUUUAGCAACAGUGGUAAAUAAUUUGGCUUUGAAUUUAUUUAUACAAAUCUAAACUCGUGAAAGCUGAUGAUUAAAAGGAUUAACUUCCAAUAAGGCUGGAAGUUCAGGAGACCAGCAGCUCCUCCACAUUCACAAUAUGAAACCCCAACUUCUUUCCAGAGUCCUGGUUCCUUACUGAAGUAGUUGGAAGUUCUCAUAAGAACCAAUGUAACCUAUACAGAAUUUAGCUUUGUUACAGGAAACUACUUGUGCAUUGGGUAGAGACAGUCGGAAACUGCCGACUUCACAAGGACUAAGAAAAUACAUAUUGUUUUUAUAUGUAUUUUACUUAAAAACCAAAUCAUGGUCUCUUUUUCAUGCCUUGGUAUCCAAGACUUCAACUGCUUAACACUAAGAUGUAGAGCACAGUUGUUUAGUUUUACUGGGACUCAGUUUUUUCCACAGCUUCUCCACCAAAGCCGCAGAAUGCAAUUAAAUUUCAUGUUUCGAAUAAUUAAAAUCAUAAAGGUUUAAAUGUCAGGAUAAUCUGGACUUUAGUUAUUGCUGUUAUUUUUCAUCUGUUCCAAAAUGUUACGUCAUCAACUUUCUAGGAUGUUUAAUCAUUUGAAUGAGAGACAAAACGUUACGAUCAAGUUUUUCCUGUUUUCUGGAAGUGAUUUAUUUUUUUUUUAAUUGCGUAAACCCAACGGAUGCUGAGAACAAAACAGACGCUCCGAGGAGAUCGGGCCUUUGUUGUUGCUGGUCCCAGAUUGUGGAAGGACUUGCCUCUUCAGGCCUCCUCCUUGCCGGUUUCAAAAUCUCUUCUUAAAACCCACCAGUUCUCUGUGGCUUUUUGACACUCUUGGAUGUUGACAUUUUUUUUUAUAUUUUAACCGGUUUAAUUAUUUAUUUGAUUCUUAAUGCUUUGAUUUUAUGCACUGUGCUUUUUUUGUAAAGCACUUUGGUCCACUUGUUUUAAAGUGCUUUUUAAAUCAAUUUUGAUUGGAAGGGAUGUAAGUCUUAAAGGGAUUUUAUUAUUAUGCUAAAAACAAAAAUGUUGUAUUAAUCCGGCAGUUGAAGUAAUGUUAAGGAA